AUGGUAUGUGGAAACCCAUUGUAUCCAUUGGAAAAGGCUGAAGGAGAGCCCAUAAUACCUCUGAUAAACUUAGGAGGAGUGUUUAUAGAUAAAAAUAACUUAGUGAGAGACUUCAAAGCAGUAAGACUCGUAUAUCAAUUAGAUAUUGGUACGAAAUUGAAGAAUCUAAUUUCGUCCAGAUGGGAAAAUGAAGUUUUAGCAAAGUUAUCGGAUUUGAAAUUUAAAUAUAUCAAAUUUUCUUAUUUCGUCGGAGGCACUUUUGACAAUGAAGCAAAUAAAAACAGUCAGCACUCUUGGUACCUGAUUAUAAUACUCGGUGCUGUUAUGGUAUGUUUUUCGGCAUUGUCUUCGUGUUCUAGAGGUGUCGCUAGCAAACCUUUACUGGGUGUCGCAGCUUGUCUUUCGGCAUUUAUAUCUACAGCUUCUGCCUUUGGAUUAUUAUUGCAUUGUGGAAUGGAGUACGUCGAUAUAAAUAUGGCUAUUCCGUUUCUUAUGUUAGGUAUCGGCAUCGACGACUCUUUUGUACUUUUAUCUGCUUGGAGACGUACAGACAGCAACGACGAAGUGAAGAAAAGAAUGAGCGAUUCUUACUCCGAGGCUGCAGUUUCCGUUUCUGUCACUUCUAUAACCAAUAUUCUUGCCUUUUGUACAAGCCUUAUCACUCCUUAUACGGUUGUACGGAUAUUUGGUACAUAUUGUGCAGUGUCGUUAGUCUUCGAUUACAUCUAUCAAAUAUUUUUCUUCGGUGGGAUUAUGGCUCUGGAAGGUUACAGAGGAAAACGAAAUCUUCAUCCGUUAUUUCUAUUUCCACUUAAACCAAUUAUUUCAGAUGAAAACGAAAGAAGUUCACAAGAAUUAUACAUCAUGGUAUUCUUGCGAGAUGUUGCAGGGAAAUAUUUACAAAAACUGUACAUUAAGAUAUUAUUAGCUGUACUAUAUACUUGCUAUUUAGCGGGGGGAAUUUAUUGCUUGAAAUACAUUAAACAGGGACUAGAUUACAAAAAAAUAUUUCCGAAUACCUCAUACGCUGUUCCUUUCAUACUUGAUUCUUAUGAAUAUUUCACACUUCACCCGCACAGAAUACAAAUUGUUAUUAACCAGACUUUAGAUUAUUCCGAUGUACAAACUCAAAAAGAUGUCGAAAGCCUUGUAAAUACUUUCGAAACUGCUCCGUUUAUCAGUGGCUAUCUUACAACAGAAUGCUGGCUGAGAGAAUAUCUAUCUUUUAGCGAAAGUGCACUUUCUAAAUUGGCCUUCAAAGGAUAUAACUUGAACAAUCCCUAUGAGUUUUUGGAUGGAUUGAAAAAUGUGUUUUUAAAUGUAAGAAGUUUCCGCAGAUUUCGAAACGACGUCGUUUUUAAUACUGAUGGGGUUAUGAGUGCGGGGUUUUGUGUAGAUUAUUCCGCUCACAUCACGUACGCUUACAUAAGUAGCGAAGAAAGCGAUCCUGCGGGUAAGAUGAAAUACGCAUUAUACGCUGCGGGUUAUCCAAUAAUUCAAGGAUGUGCUUCGACAAUUCUUGGGGUAUCGGUUCUGCAAGAAUCUACAGCAGAGCGGUCUCAAAGACUGGAAGAGAAACGAAUUCAUUCGGCUCAGAAUCGAAUGCGUAUAGCAAGGAAUUUUUUAGGUUUUGAAUCAGCUUUUGAUUAUCAUCCUGAAAAUGACUAUUUGGAUAUGAAAGAGGUGGCCAUGGCAUGCGAUUAUAUCAGACGAGCGGUUUCUUAUGCUUUUUCUCGUGUUGGAUAUCACAUCGGAUGUCAUCCGCUGGCGUACACCAUAGUACCUUUUCUGAUAUCUUUAAUACUUUCGACUGGAUUUAAAGAAUUGGAAUUAGUCAAAAGUAUAGAAUAUCUCUUUAUCCCAAUCCACGCCAGAUCCAGAACGGAGAGAAAUGUUGUCGAAUCGCUGUUUCCAUCAGAUUUUUCAAAAGAUUACGACUUUUUAAGAACUUCUAGAUUCGGAAGAUAUGCAGCUGUUAUUGCCACUGCCAAAUACAACGAUUCUAUGCUGGACGAAUCGGCAAUGGAUGAUUUAUUUGAAAUGGAUAAGACAAUUAGAAAUAUUAGUUUUAUCUGGAGGAACACAACAAUCAGUUAUGAAAGAAUUUGCGCCAAGACAAUAUACGACGAAUGCCUUAGAAACUAUGCUUUGUCUUUAAGGGGAAAAGUGAAAAGCAUUAAAUUAGGAGAAUACAAAAUCAAGUAUCCAUUCGAAAAGGCUGAAGGAGAGCCCAUAAUACCUCUGAUAAACUUAGGAGGAGUGUUUAUAGAUAAAAAUAACUUAGUGAGAGACUUCAAAGCAGUAAGACUCAUAUAUCAAGUAGAUAUUGGUACGAAAUUGAAGAAUCAAAUUUCGUCCAGAUGGGAAAAUGAAGUUUUAGCAAAGUUACCGAAUUUGAAAUUUAAAUAUAUCAAAUUUUCUUAUUUCGUCGGAGGCACUUUUGACAAUGAAGCAAAUAAAAACAGUCAGCACUCUUGGUACCUGAUUAUAAUACUCGGUGCUGUUAUGGUAUGUUUUUCGGCAUUGUCUUCGUGUUCUAGAGGUGUCGCUAGCAAACCUUUACUGGGUGUCGCAGCUUGUCUUUCGGCAUUUAUAUCUACAGCUUCUGCCUUUGGAUUAUUAUUGCAUUGUGGAAUGGAGUACGUCGAUAUAAAUAUGGCUAUUCCGUUUCUUAUGUUAGGUAUCGGCAUCGACGACUCAUUUGUACUUUUAUCUGCUUGGAGACGUACAGACAGCAACGAUGAAGUGAAGAAAAGAAUGAGCGACUCUUACUCUGAAGCUGCAGUUUCUAUUUCUAUAACAUCGCUAACUAAUAUUCUUUCGUUUUGUACGUGCCUUACCAUUCCUUAUAGAGUUGUACAGAUAUUUGGUACAUAUGGUGCAGUGUCAUUAGUCUUCGAUUACAUCUAUCAAAUAUUUUUCUUCGGUGGAAUUAUGGCUCUGGAAGGUUACAGAGAAAAACGAAAUCUUCAUCCGUUAUUUCUAUUUCCACUUAAACCAAUCAUUUCAGAUGCAAACGAAAGAAAUUCACAAGUAUUAUACAUCAUGGUAUUCUUGCGAGAUGUUGCAGGGAAAUAUUUACAAAAACUCUACAUUAAGAUAUUAUUAGCUGUAAUAUAUACUUGCUAUUUAGCAGGGGGAAUUUAUUGCAUAAAUUACAUUAAACAGGGACUAGAUUACAAGAAAAUAUUUCCGUAUACCUCAUAUGCUGUUCCUUUUAUACUUGAUCAUUAUGAAUAUUUCACACUUCACCCGCACAGAAUACAAAUUGUUAUUAAUCAGACUUUAGAUUAUUCCGAUGUACAAACUCAAAAAGAUGUCGAGAGCCUUCUAAAUACUUUCGAAACUGCUCCGUUUAUCAGUGGUUAUCUUACAACUGAAUGCUGGCUGAGAGAAUAUUUAUCUUUUAGCAAAAUUCCACUUUAUGAAAUGCUCUUCAAAGGAUAUAACUUGAACGAUUCCUAUGAAUUUUUGGAUGGAAUGAAAAAUGUGUUUUUAAAUGUAAGAAGUUUCCGCAGAUUUCGAAACGAUGUCGUUCUUAACACUGAAGGAGAUCGAAUUUUAGCGUCCAGAUGUUAUAUUCUUAGUUAUAAUAUAAAAAACGCCAGUGCAGAAACGACAAUGAUGGAAACAGUUCGUAAAAUAGCGGAUGAUAGUAAAUUUAAAGUAUACGUACAUGACCCAUGGUUUGUUUAUUAUGACCAAUACUUAAAUGUAACAACAACUUGCAUUCAGACAGUAUGCCUUUCCGCAUUAUUGAUAUCCCUAGUACUUGUCUUAUUCAUACCAAAUUUUACAUGUACUAUAUGUGUCAUUUUAACUGUAGUCUCCAUAGAGGUGUGUAUAGUUGGAUACAUGUCUCUUUGGAACGUUAAUGUUGACACUAUUUCCAUGAUCAUUCUAGUUAUGAGUGCGGGAUUUUGUGUAGAUUAUUCCGCUCACAUCACGUACGCUUACAUAAGUAGCGAAGAAAGUGACCCUGCGGGUAAGAUGAGAUACGCAUUAUACGCAGCGGGUUAUCCAAUAAUUCAAGGAUGUGCUUCGACAAUUCUAGGUGUAUCGGUUCUGUAUUUCGGUUGUAGUUACUUGUUUGUUAUAUUUUUCAAAAUUUUGCUUCUAACAAUGACAUUUUCUGCAUUCCACGGCUUAAUUUUGUUGCCAGUAAUUCUUAGCACUGGAGAUUCUAUAGCGCUUUCUUGGAAAAAUAAAAGGAAUAGAAAAAACUUUCGUAUAAUAAAGCAUAAAGACAAUAAUUUGACAAAUAAUAAUGAUCAAAAAGACGUUGAAUCAUCUUUUAUUGAGGAAUAA